GAGAGAGGCGGCGACAGAGUCCAUCCGCUCCACACCUUCUCUGACAGGAUAUUUUUCCCGUUUUGAGUCAAUAGCCUUCAACGUGUAACCUUCUCCGCCCUCAUCUCGCUGAGAAAACCCAGUGGCAGGGAGACACAUUUGAUCUAGUCAUUGCCUUUAGUGUUUUCCUCAGUUCGGUGUGUCAGGCUGCAGAUGCAGAGAGUGGCCGAGGAUCACCAGGACUCGACCAUGGGGAUUUAAACCGAGCAACAAGGGAAGGAACUGACUUUGGUUUGAAAUCCUGAGAAGAUCAUGCAACAUCUCAAGAUAUGGCGAUCUCUGCUUCUUUUUGUCAUUUUCUUCCAGCCGGGGAUCUCAGACAAAUACGGAUGUCUGUUUGAGAGGAAACUCUGCCCAUUGGAACAGUUCUGUUCAGAUGAUGGACUGUUUGGCCAGUGCCGGAGCUCCAAGCAGGACCAGGUCCAGUACCAGGUGUCGGUGCCGGUCCUGAAGAGGAUGCAGGAGGUCCUCAAACAGCUGAUGAUGCAUGAUCUGUCAUGGCAGGAUGACAUCACCCAGUACAUCAUAUCCAGGGAGCUGAAGAGAGUUCCUCACACGACGCGCCACGCUAAGGCCCCCCCUCCCUCCUCCCAGUCCAGGCAGCAGAACCACCGCCACAGCGCCAAGCCCCCGUCCAUGCCCCCGGCGGAGAACUACCUGGACUACAUGAUCGUAGAGCCCCCCCGGUCCCCCCUCCACAUGCAGACUGCCUCCAUGGACCCCUACGCAUACCAGCACCAGCACAGGUACGCCGACGAGGUGGAGCGAUCCCUACACCCCAUUGGUGGAGGGCUCAGCUAUGGCCGUCCCUCUGCACGCUCACAGGCCAAUCAGAGAGAGCGGGAGCGGGACAGACAGAUGCUGCAGGAAGCCAUGUCCCUGUACCUGACGUCCGACCAGCCCUCCCACCGGCACCGCGGAGCCGCGCCAAUGACCCCCGCAGGCCUGCCGUACUACGAUGACCUGGAACUGGAGCUGCCGGUGGACUAUGUGGAAGACUACACCCUGGAGGAGAGAGUGGGUACUGUGGCGCGGCCCCCGCCCCCGCAGCAGAAGAAGAAGCCCCUUCAGGACCGCCUGCCAGCCACCAACGACGGGUUACAGCAGCGCAUGUCCGGGGUGCUGGAGGGCUAUGGGAUGGAUCCCAGGAAGCUGAGCCCCCAGCAGCUCUACAGACUGGCCCUCAUCCUGCAGCUGAUCCAGGCCGAGGACCGGACAGAGCCCUUAGAGACGGAUCUUCUGGCCCUCAAAGAGACCCAGCUGGUGAAGAAGCCGGAGGGCAAGGCACCCAGCUCCACGGAGAAGGCUGCUCUGCCCCCGGCCGCCCCUGUAGCAGCGGCCCCCGGCCCCAGCAGGUCCUCCACCCCCUCUUCUCCCUCCGCCCGGGCCCCUCCCACCACCGCCACCGCCGCCGCCGGUGUAGCCAAGGCUCCGGGCCUGCCGCCCCCCGUCCCGCCCGGCCCCCCUGCCCAGCCCGGGGCAGCGGAGGCUGGGCAGGGGCUGAGGGACCAGGCGGUGCAGCUGGACGAGGGCUCUAGAGCCAAGGAGGAGUACGGCUACAUCGUCACCAACCAGAGCCCCCUGAGUCUGUAUGAUGGAAUCAAGCUAUUGGAGCUGUUGGCUGAUAAAAUUCACCUAGCAACGAGCAGCUUCAUCAACAUCAGCGUGGUGGGGCCUGCUCUGACGUUCCGUAUCCGCCAGAACGACCUGAACAUGACGGCAGCAGAGGUAGCAGCUAAAGCAGUGUCAGAGAAGAACUUCCUGGAGUCUGAGAGCAGCCUGAAGAUAGUACAGACGGGGACUGGAGAGAGAACAGAUGUACGGGGUCUCCCCCAGGUCACCAGGGUCUCGCAGGGGUCAAGCGGGACGGUCAUCACACUGGUCUCCAUGGCAGUUGUGGGAGGACUGCUGGUAUUGGCCAUGGCGGCUGCUUGUCUCAGGCACCACACUAACCAGCUGGCCAAUGGGAAGCUUGGCCUCGGGCCGGAGGGCGGAGCCGAAACACACUUUGACUACCAGGAGCUGUGUCGGCAGCACAUGGCCUCCAAGUCCUCCUUGUCCCGGCACGACAGCGCCAGCGGGGGCGGUGCCGGGGGGGGCAGCCUGGCCAGCGGCACCGUGACGGCAGCCGGGGCGGGGGGCCGCCGCGGGACCGACACCUCGCGCGUCAGCAGCGUCUCCUCCCAGUUCAGCGACGGGCCCCAGCACAGCCCCUCCUCCACCCACAGCUCCACCCCCUCCUGGAGCGAGGAGCCCGCCCAGUCCAACAUGGACAUCUCCACGGGCCACAUGAUCCUGGCCUACAUGGAGGACCACCUGAGGAACAAGGACCGCCUGCAGAAGGAGUGGGAGGCACUGUGCUCCUACCAGGCCGAGCCCAGCUCCGUGGCCCUGGCCCAGAGGCCCAGCAACAUGGAGAAAAACCGCCACGCCGACUCACUGCCAUAUGACCACUCUCGAGUGAAGCUGAAGAUGGAUGUGAACCCAACUAAGGAGGACUACAUUAACGCCAGUAUAAUAAUCGACCACGACCCCCGGCUGCCCGCCUACAUCGCCACGCAGGGCCCGCUGCCCCACACCAUCGCCGACUUCUGGCAGAUGGUCUGGGAGAACGGCUGUACGGUCAUAGUGAUGAUGACGGCACUGGUGGAGGACGGAGAGAAGCAGUGUGAGCGCUACUGGCCUGACGAAGGCUCCUCCCUCUACCACAUCUACGAGGUGAACCUCGUGUCGGAGCACAUCUGGUGUAAGGACUUCCUGGUGCGCAGCUUCUACCUGAAGAACGUGCAGACCCAGGAAACCCGGACCCUCACCCAGUUCCACCUGCUCAGCUGGCCUGCAGACGGCAUUCCCACCUCCACACGGCCCCUGCUCGACUUCCGCAGAAAGGUCAACAAGUGCUACCGAGGUCGCUCCUGUCCCAUCAUCGUUCACUGCAGCGGCGGCACGGAGAGGACCGGCGCGUACAUCCUCAUCGACAUGGUGCUGAACCGCAUGGCCAAAGGUGUUGUUUUUGAUGUUCCGUCAUCAGGAGUGAAGGAGAUCGACAUCGCAGCCACAUUGGAGCACAUUAGAGACCAAAGGCCUGAGCUUGUUCGCACCAAGGACCAGUUUGAGUUUGCCUUGACAGCCGUGGCAGAGGAGGUGAACGCCAUCUUGAAAGCCCUCCCACAGUGAGAAGCAGUACCUAAGGAAGAACCUGUAUCGGACACACACACACACACACACACACACACACAAACACACACACACACACACACACACACACACACACACACA